AGAGUCUGUCUUACAUUUUUUUGGAGCUGGUAUAUAUGCUAACACUAGUAUAUUAGAUUGAAACAAAUAUUCUGUUGACAGGAAAGUUUCACAUAUUUUGACUAUUUUUGAGUAAAGGAAUUUAAAAAAAAAAAAAAAAAAAAAGAGUCUUUCUGUCACUCACAUGAAUGUCAUGACUGUAGCGUCAGUGGAUGGAAGUGAAAGCUGCUCUUCCUCUUAUCACAUUCCAGCAGAGAUUUUUAUUUUGUCAGUGGUCGAUGUGAUGAAAUUAAAACACACCGUGAACCGACAUCUUCUCUGCAUUUCAAAAGUGGAUCUUAACCAUAACCUUCAAAGAAGAUGAAGGCGUUUGUGGUUUUUCUGCUCCUCUUACAUGCUUCCCAGCAUGCACUGGCUGUUGUGGUGCAGGCGUAUGAGGGGGAGCCAUCCACCCUGCUGCCCUGUCAGUUUUAUGACCAUUUUCCUAUGAUGCCUGAAGACCCCAUAGUAUCUUGGAUUCGCAAUGAUCUCAAUCCCAAAAUCAUCCAUCAACUUAACGAUGAAGGUGAUGAUCUUAAAGAGCAGAAUGAACAUUACGAAGAACGCUCAUCAAUGAAAACUAAUGCUCUAGACUCUGGAGACUUCAGCCUCACUCUGAGAAAACCACAGAUAUCUGACAGCAGCAACUACACCUGCACCAUCUGGACAGGAUAUGAAGAGCUGAGAUUAACAGAAAUACAGCUGCAGGUCAAAGAUGAUCAGGUGGUGGUGGAGGCACGGAAGGGGGUGGGGUCUGUCAGACUGCCCAGUAAAACAUCACCUCAUCUGCCUGAAGACACCAGAGUGGAGUGGACUCUCCUUGACCCUGUAAAGAUGUUGGUCCAAGUGGUCCGUGUGUAUCAGAAUAAGAGUGAUGACCUUAGAACACACACCUCAUGGGCUCACACAGAGAUGGAUAAAGACCUGCUGAAAACUGGAGACCUCAGUCUGACCAUUAAAUAUCCCACAGACAGAGACAGAGGAACAUACAUCUGCACCUUCUAUGUGAAAGGAGACACCAUGAAACAGAGAAUAGAGCUACAUCCUGAGAAUCUUAUACCUGUGGUCAUGUUUUUCCUUAGUUUCUCACUGUUUUGGGCUAUCAUCAUUGUCCUCUAUUACAGAUGGGAUAAAGAAAGACAGAAACCGAGAAAUCGACAUCACGCUUGAAUGACCACCCACAAAGUCCGAUUGCUCUGUACAUCCAACUUUGUUUGAAAGAACAUGGAAAUCCAGGACCAAAACUAAAAUUACUACAGAUGAAAAGGAUAUUCAUCUGUAACACUGAAUUUUUUUUAAAUUUUUUUUUUUUUUAUCAUUUUAUUAUUUUUAACAAAAAUGCUGCACAUUUGUCUUUCUCUCAGUCUUAUCAUUAUUUGUCAGUGACUGAAACUUAACACUGUGCUGCUUGUUAUCCCUUUCUAACAGCUGUUUUUAUUUUGCCAACAGUUGAUAGGAUGUGGUGAAAUUAAAACUGGCUGUGAGCUGAUGUUCUCCCUAUGUUACAAACAUACAAAUGAAGUCAGUUAAAUGUGUUACAGAGUUCUGAUGAGCAUGAUGGAGUCCAUUAAUGAAGAUGGAUGUGUUUGUGGUGUUUCUGAUUCUUGUACAUGGUUAAGAUGAUCCUCCUGAUCAGACAAAGUGUGUUUAAUCUUUCUUUAUCUCUUUAACUUUAAUAUGACAUUUUUAAAAAAAGUAAAGAAUAUGCAUCAAGGCACUAUAUUAAAGA